CGAUGGUGUCAGCGUGCUGUGGCAGAGUGCUCUGUGAUUAAUUGUGAAUUAAAAAUGGAUAAAAGUGAAAUACAGUUAAUAGGUGGGCCCUGCGGACAGCAUGGGCCGUACACGUUUUACAAGGCGUUUAAAUACACGAAGAACGGCGUUAAAAGAAUAGUGACUUUAAGUGAGUUUUUCUUUGUUAAAUUGUGGAUUGAUUCGGACCUAUUGUGCAUUGGUGAAUUGCAAUUGUUGUGGAAUGAUAAAAAUAGUGAUCAAGUGUUGGCGAGUUUGCGGCUUUAUUUUUUGCCCGAAAAUACGCCAGAGGGCCGUAUGGACCAUGGAGAGGACGAAGUGCUAGCGAUCUCAGAAAAGGUGGUGAUAAGAGUGGAGGAUUUGAUAACGUGGAUAACAGUUGAUGCAGAAUGGACAUGGGGGAGGUUAGCAAAAUGCCAAGCAGACGUCAAAUCGCCGUCAAUCGAUGUGUCCGCCGAGACGCCAGUUCCGGUUCCGCUUGCCGAAAGUUCCCUGGAUUUUUCCGAUGUAGAAAAAGAAAGAAAACUAUUUGAAACCACGGACAACAGCGGACCAUCCGUGAUAAUCCUGAGCUAUCCGAAGUACGCCCGUUACCGCGCCAUGAUGAAGAGACUGGAGUCCGUCGAGGACGACUACCUGAAGAUGAAGCUGGUGGUGGCUCUGGGAGGGUUCUCGGCCAUCUCGCGCGACACGCGCGUGCUGUUCUGCCGCGACACCUUCGACUACCCGGAGCUGGAGGGCCACGAGCUGCUCUGCAACCAUUUGGCGCCCAAGAUGAAGGGCCGGCCGCGCGGCAAGCGAAAAAAACGCAGCGUGUCUCCUGGCUCGGAGAGCAACGAGUCAGAGUCUUCGGUUUCGCAUAUUUAUAUUAAGCAAAAAAUCACAACUGAAGGUGGUAGAAACGGCCUAAGAUGCGAUAGUACCACAUCGAGACGUUGCACUCGUUCGGCAGAAAGCAGACAAUUUAUUAAGAAACUUAAUUCGUUCAUGAAAUCCAAUCAAACUCCGAUGGGUCGUAUACCAUGUGUGGGAGCAAAAGAACUGGAUUUGCACGAGUUCUAUCUAAAAGUACAAAAACUUGGAGGGUAUGAUGCAGUAACAUCAAGUCGUCUGUGGAAAUCCCUUUUCGAAGAAAUUAGUGGAAAUAUGAACAGUACAAGCGCAGCAACAAUAAUACGUAGACACUACGAGAGGUUCCUUUUGGCAUUCGAACGCAACGUCAAAGGCGAAGAGUACAAACCGCUACCGGUUUACGAAAGAAGAAGACUGAAAAGCAAAGCUGGCAGCAGCAGCUUGAGCGACAACGAAACCAGCGAGAGUCCCUCCAACAGCGGAUCGAGCACCCCCGUCCCCUCCUGCAGCGGAAUCGCCGUAGCAGGCACCUCCAAGGACUACAAAGACUGCGUGCCGAGCAAACCCGAAGUAAAAACGUCGUCGCUGCGCAGCGUGAGAGUCAAGACGGAAAGGCAGAAAGAGAAGCAGUGCGACAAUAACGCGAAACACCAAAACAACAACAACUAUAGUUGCGACGCCGAGACCGUAGUUAAUCCCGAAGCGGACAAAACCGAAAAUCAAAUCGAAAUCAAAGACGAAGUAGUCAAGUUGGCGGAGGAUUCUACCGAUAGAGUGGAGUCGCCACCGCAGGUGGCUGAGGAGUGUGACGUAAUCAAGGCUGAAGUGGUUAAAGUUGAGGCUGUUAUAUCGGUGGAACCGGAUACUUCGGCUGUGGCGCCGAUUGUGCAGAAAAUAUCGCCGCUUGUAACUCUAUCACCGACUGAAGAAAAGGAUGAGCCCUUUAUCAAAACCGGAGAUACCGGCUCAAAUGUUGACGUGGAUGUCGUUGAAGUUCCGUUCAAGCCUAAAACGCCCGAAAUUGUGGACUUAGAAUCGGACGCUUUCAAAGCGAUGAACUCUAGCAUCAACAAAACCUUCGUGCAGGAAGUGAAGAAGCGGAAGCUGGACAUACUGAAGGAGGGGGGUUUGGAGGUCACACCGGUGCGUUCCGGUUCUAUGAUAAGCAAAAGGCCGUCGGUGAUUCAACCUACGAUUACCACUGUAACAGUCCCAAUCAAAAAUCUCGCGAAUAACGAUGGCAUGCCGCCUCCGCUGGUGAAUAUUGUUCCAUCGAAGCGGUCAAGUCCGCAAACAACUCAAACGAAAUCGGGUCAGAAAUCGCCGCUUCCCAGUUCCCCCUCCAAAGCGUUUUCGUUCGGAAAUUCUUUACCUCCACGCGUCGUGCAAUCCAGAUCCAUAUAUUCCUACUCGGAGAAGACUGUGUACGGUAACCCCAAGGACGUGUAUGCGCCAAAGUUCCCCGAACUCAGCUCCAGACAGUGCGGCGGCGACUUGCUCGAUCUGACGAUCACGAGCCCGCAGAAACCGGUCGCUGACGUCGUGCGCGUUCCUCAGAUACCGUCUUCCUCGUCUUCGCUGUACAAUAGACUUUCAGACAACCGGCCGAUGCCUCAACAACACCAGCAACCGAGGACUGCAAGUUUGAUCGAAGGCAGACGGUUGGGUUCCAACCUGGAGAUCACGCUGGUGGGGCCCAAUAGCGCCGUCAAACCGCCGCCACAAAAUAAAUACCCCGCGCCGGCCGCAUCGGUGCAGAUAACGCCCAAUCACAACAGGCACCACGCGCAGAAAAGAAUGCCCAGCGAGAUGUACCUCAACAGUAAAGUCGCGAAAACCGAUUUAAAAAUGAAGCACCCGAAACCGAGCUCGCAAGUAUCUCCGAAAGCUGGCGCCGACAUCAACAUACCGAACCCUUACGUCAACAAAAGCCCCAGUAUUAAAGCGGACCCGAUCAACAGCUACAUGAAAGCCAUGCAGACGGCGUCGAAGCCGUACCCGAGCACCCCGGCAUCUGCGUUCCCGGGAUAUCUGUCGCAGAUCUACGAGCAAUCGAACCAAUUCAAGAAUUUGUACCAAUACGCCAUGGAUUCGCAGUACGCGAACGCGAUGCAAGGUUUGUACGCCGGGUAUCCAGUGAACCAGCAGCAGAUGGUGAUGCCAUCGCCGGAACAGUUGAAGUUGUACGCCGAUUGGAUGUCGACCCAAAUGCAUUUUUCCUACGCCCAAAAUGACGCAAGCCAUAUUAACAACAUGAAGAAACAGUAAACGUCAAAUUAUUUUGGAUUCGGUUACCCAAGUACACAAAGCAGCUCUUUUCCACCCACUGGAUCACCUGUUUUGUCCUUGAAAUUACUUGAACAAUACAGCCGUAUAAUUCAGUUUUUUCUUUAAUAAUACAAGUUUUUUACAUUACGGAACUCUUUAAAAUGCUUUAUGUUUACAAAAACAAAAUAUGUCAGUUUUUAGAGCAAAUACCAAUUCCUAUAUCUUCACAAUGAUUUUUAAAAUAUUAUUUACACCAAAAUUCACAAUUUUUUGGAUGACAAUCUAGAGGGUGUUUCUCGAAAUAUACAACUAAACGUUCUAUAGAAAAUUACCUUAUAAAAAGCAAUAAACCAAUCCGAGCACGGCAAACUUCACAGCUCACUAGGUGCGACGGAAAUACCGU